UGAAGCUAUCACAACGCGGAAGUGCCUGCUGCUAACAAACUCCCCGCACUCGACAAGAAAGGGUGUGAGUCGACUGAAACUCAGUAACGAAACAAAAUGACUCUAGUUUCGUGUUCUUCCAGCAAAGUUUACAUUUAUUAAUUGGGAAAGACACUCGACAUGGACAACCACAGAAGCCAGGAAAACAUUGAGCUGGUGCCAAAAAUAGAUCCAGACCACACCACAGAGACAGACCACAAUCCUUUGAUUCCAUGUAGUAAAUAUGACUACGUGCUGGUGGGUAAAGAGUGGGCGGAUGGCACAGAGCAAGACCGGAAACAGAAGGCUUUUAUCAAAGCUCUGGAGAAUAAAGGCUAUCGGACCCAGAAACUCAGGGAGAAGAAUAAAGUGUAUUUUGGCAUCCUUGCCCCACAGGAGAUAUUUUCAAAGUAUGCCCAUCUCUUGAAGAAUCCUGACAACUGUUCCGAGGAAGGGAUGGUAUCAACACCCACCAAAAUUCGGAUCGUCAAGUUUAUGCUGGACAACACUUUCAUCAGAAACGGAGAGAAACUGCAUGCAUUACUGAAGGAGAAAGUCUUUGAAGCCGUGUUUCCUCUGCAUGAGGAGAGGGAACAGAAGAACCUUAUCAAGAAGUGGGCUCGCUGGACAGCCGUCUUCAAAGAACAGCCCAUUAACGAAGUCAGGAUGUAUUUUGGGGAGAAGGUGGCCCUGUAUUUCCUGUGGCUGGGCUGGUACACUUACAUGCUCGUACCAGCGGCUGUCAUCGGGGUCAUAGUAUUCCUCUACGGACUGGCAUUCUUUGAAAGCAACCCACUUAUUAAAGAGGUCUGUGAAGGGAACUCCACUAUAAUGUGCCCGCUGUGUGACAAGUGUCCCAUGUGGCAGCUUUCUGAAACCUGCACCUACGCCAAGGUCACCCAUUUGUUUGACAAUGAGGGCACAGUGUUCUUCUCUAUGUUCAUGGCCUUGUGGGCCACGUGGUUCCUGGAGAUCUGGAAGAGGCAUCGCGCUCGGGAGGUCUGCAGGUGGAAGCUGAACAACUGGGACGAGAACGAGGAGGAGCUUGCUCUGGAUCUGAUCAAUGACCCAGACUGCACUCAAGAUCGGUACCAGCACUCGUACCUGCGCAGCAUCCUGGUCAUGGUUCUGGUGUGUUUCAUGAUCGCACUGAUCAUCGGGCUGGCCCAGGCGCUCGUGGUGUUCCGGGUCAUUGCGACGGUGUUCCUGUCUGAGAGUACGUGGCAGCUGCUGAGCGACCACGCCAACACCAUAGCAGUCAUGAUGGGAGCAGUGCUGCACUACCUGACCAUCACUAUCAUGAACAAGGUCAAUAGAAAAGUGGCCUUAUUUCUCUGUGAUUUAGAAAACGUGCGGUCGGACACAGGCAGGGAGAGGAACUUCACUGUCAAGAUGUUCACCUUCCAGUUCCUCACCCUCUUCUCCUCACUCAUCUACGUGGCCUUCUUCCUGGGGAGGAUUAAUGGGCGUCCAGGGGGCUACGUCAGAAUAGCCGGGAUGUGGAGACUGGAGGAGUGCCACCCCAGCGGCUGCAUCACAGACCUGUUCAUCCAAAUGGCCGUCAUCAUGAUUCUCAAGCAGACUCUCAGCAACGUGGUCGAGUUCAUGUCCCCCUGGGUGAGUUACAAAAUACACAAUCUGCAGGACAAGAGUCACAAGGGGGACAACGAGUCGAACUGCAUCCGGGACUGCUGGGUGCAUAACUACAACAUGAACGAAGUCAACUCCUUCAGCCUGUUCAAUGAGUUCCUGGAAAUGAUGAUCCAGUACAGCUUUACCACUAUAUUUGUGGCUGCCUUCCCUCUGGCCCCUUUGCUGGCUCUGAUCAACAACUUCUUUGAGAUCAGACUGGACGCCAUCAAAAUGGUCAGCCUGGAGAGAAGGAUGUUUUGCAAGAAGACCAACGACAUUGGGAUUUGGCUGCAGGUGCUGCAAGGGAUUGGGGUGCUGGCAGUGAUCGCCAACGGGCUGGUGAUCGGAGUCACGUCGGAUUUCAUCCCCCGCCUGGUCUACAAGUACUUCUAUGGGCCAUGUGCUAAAGGAGCCGUGGACAUUGACUGCAUGUCAGGGUACAUUAACAACAGCCUGUCCACCGUCUAUAUGAAGGAUCACAACAUCCGGAGGGACUUUGAGCCAGGCCAGCUCAUCUUCAACGGCAACAAUGUGACCCAGUGCAAGUACAAGGAUUACCGCAAUGAUGAUGACUAUGCCUACACGUCUCAGUUCUGGCUCAUAUUUGCUGUGCGCUUUGCCUUUGUUUUACUGUUUGAGCACGUCGCAGUCGUGAUCAAGUUCAUCGCUGCCUGGUUUGUACCAGAUGUCCCGCUGGCAGUGAAAAAUGAGAAUCUGGAUCGGAAAUUUGAAAGAUUGAAGAGCGAGCUCAUGAAAAUGGAGAAUCAAACCGCAGAAAUAUGAAGAAUGAACAAAAAAAACUGUACUUUCGCAGACAGAAAACUGUGAACUUGAUCAUUUUACCUUUUUUAUUAUUAAUAUUUUACACAUUUUUCAAACUGUAAAGCAUGCAUACAAAUGUAUGUAAUUGUAUUAAUACUUCUGGAAUCCAUUGUGUGGAUGUGUAAAAAAAAAAGUAAAUGUACAGCAUAUUGUAUUGUGUAAUUACAAUAUAGUAGACACAACUUAAUUCUAUUACAUAUUGUAUUGUGUAAUGUAUUGAUUUUAAAACAAUUGAGGAUAGUGGUUUGUAUUAAUUGAUUGGUUGAAGAAGGGUUAAGAAUCUUUGUUUUGUUCCCUAUACAGAUAGAGGGUUACCUGGAUUCACAAACCAGCCAUCCACUUAAAUUAUAUACAAUACCAGUAUAUUUCAAUUAACCACAAAUAAAUACCCUAGCAAACCAGAAUGGCACGCAUGAAGUUAAGUGAUUACUGUAGAAAAGGCAGGUGCUUGUGCUGUGGUACAAAUGCCAUGAAUCUGAAGUUUUAAUGUAAGAUGACAUUAAAUAUGUUUUAUAUAUAUUUAUGAACUAA